UGACCUUCAAAACUGUUGUUUGAUAAAAAAAGAAAAUUGACUUAUGUGGUGAAAACUCUGGAAAAAGCUGGUCAGUUGAUACAUUUAUUCAUUUAUUUAUUAAUUGGUUUGUUUUUUUUAAAUAUGUUCACUUUGAAUUUUAAGAUUAUGUAAAAAAUUAUACAAACUGUGUACUAACUAGUUUGUAUCCGUACUAACUUCUUAUGCAUACCAACUAGUCUCUUAUGCAUACUAACUAGUUUCUUAUGCAUACCAACUAGUUUCUUAUGCAUACUAAAUAGUUUCUUAUGCAUUCUAAUUAGUUUCUUAUGCAUACUAACUAAUUUCUUAUGCGUACUAACUAGUUUAUUUUGCGUACUAACCAGUGUCUGAUAUAUACUAAGUAGUUUGUAAGCAUACUAAUUAGUUUCUUAUGUGUGCUAACUAGUUUCUUAUGUGUGCUAACUAGUUUGUGAUGCAUACUAGUUCUUAUGCCUAGUAACUAGUUUCUGAUGACAGCUAGACUCUAAUGCUCACCAGGUAGUUUUUACACAAUAGCUAGUCUCUGGUGUUUACUAACUAGUUUGUAAGUGUACUAAUUAGUUUCUUAUGUGUGCUAACUAGUUUCUUAUGUGUGCUAACUAGUUUUUUGAUGCAUAUUAAUUCUUAUGCCUAGUAACUAGUUUCUGAUGACAGCUAGACUCUAAUGCUCACCAGGUAGUUUUUACACAAUAGCUAGUCUCUGGUGUGUACUAACUAGUUUGUAAGCAUACUUAUUAGUUUCUAAUGUGUACUAACUAGUUUAUUUUGUGUACUAACUAGUUUAUUAUGCGUAUUAGCUAGUUUCUGAUGUGAACUAACUAGUUUCUUUUGUGUAGCAACUAGUUUGUGAUGUGUACUAACUAGUUUGUAUCCGUACCAACUACUUUCUUAUGCUUGGUGAAAGCUCCGGAAAAAGCUGGUAAGUUAUACAUUUAUUUAUUUUUUUAUUUAUUGGUCAAACUGAUGUUUUGGUUUUUUUUUGUGUAUUUGUGUAUUUUAAGUGCUUCACUUUACACAUAACUUUUUGGGUCGAAAAUUAUACAAACUAAAGUUAAUCCAUUAUUAAACCAAACUCAACAUUCGUAAAUCAAGCCAAUUUAAAGUUUUACUUUAUAUUAGUUCCUUGUAGAAUUUGGCUAAUUUAGUCAAUUAUCAUGGAUCAUAUAAAAGGUCCAUCACCAGUAACUCCAGUAAAAGGUCUGAACCUUUGUUAUAGCAAGUGUAUAUCCAGUGAGUGUUAAAUUGACAAUUAUUUGAAUGUAGUUUGGUUUGGUGUUGAAUGUAGUUUGGUAUAUGGUGUUUGGGAGUUAGUAUGCCUAAUCUUUGUUUCGGCCACAUGUUCUGUGAUUUGCCUAACCUUAUAGUUUAUAAAUAUCCAGAGAACAGUCUCCUGUUUGUCUCUCUCAUCCUUCCGUCCGUCCAAUUAGCGUCCAGCUGUGACGUCAGCUGCUGAAUAUGGAUACCGUGCUGGUCCAAUGAGGAUCCUCCCGGGACUCAGACUGGUCUCCAGGAUACACUUAGGAUAGACCCGGGUCACAUCAUCCCAGACAGACCAGGAUCAUCCAUGUACCGGGAUCGGGAUUAAUGAACGUGCUCCUGGACCGGGUUUUAGUGCUGAUGGACCAGACUGGGAGAUAGAUGAAGAGGUCAUGGAGAGACGGAGCUGUGGAGUCCGACAUAUGUGCACUCUGACCCUGCUGCUGGCCUGCGUGUGUCCGCUCUGCUGCAGAGCCACCUGGAUGUGGUUGGGCGUGACGCCGACGUUAGCUCCGGAGCACCAGGGCUGUGCUGACCUCCCUCUCAGCCACAGACAGACGGAGCUGUGCCGGCUGAAGCCUUUCCUGCUGCCCAGCAUUCAGGACGGAGCCCGGCUCGCCAUCGCCGAGUGUCAGAGUCAGUUCAGACACGAGAGGUGGAACUGCUCCACCACCGAACACCCGUCAGUGUUCGGACACGAGUUAACCAGCGGAACCAAAGAAACAGCGUUCAUCCACGCGGUGAUGGCGGCGGGGCUGGUCCACGCCGUCACACGCUCCUGUAGUCAGGGCAACAUGACGGAGUGCGGCUGCGACACUCGGCUGCAGGGCGGCGGUUCGCCGGCGGAGGGCUGGCACUGGGGCGGCUGCUCGGACCACAUCCAUUACGGGAUCUGGUUCAGCCGCAAGUUCAUCGACAACACUGUCAAAAACAUGUCGAUGACCAGAGGAGGGUACACACUGAGCACCACGAACCAGCACAACAGUGAGGCCGGACGGCAGGCGAUUGUCAGGACGAUGUCGACACACUGUCGUUGUCACGGCGUCUCCGGCUCCUGUGCGGUGAAGACGUGUUGGAAGACAGUGGCGGCGUUCGAGCGCGUCGGCGUGUACCUGAAGGAGCGGUACGAGCGCAGCGUUCAGGUCUCGGACCGGUCGAAGAGGAAGAUGAGGAGGAAGGAGCCGCGCCGCCUCCCGGUCGACAUGCACCAGCUCAUCUUCUUCAACAAGUCUCCAAAUUACUGCCUGGAGGACCGGCGGCGUGGCAUCGCCGGCACCAGAGGACGCCGCUGCAACCGGACGUCCACCGGCUCCGACAGCUGCAUCCUGCUGUGCUGCGGCAGAGGAUACAACACUCAUCUGGUGAGACACGUCCAACGCUGCGAGUGCAAGUUCAUCUGGUGCUGCUACGUCCGCUGCAGACGCUGCGAGAGCAUGAACGACAUGCAUACCUGUAAAUAAAGACAACACACCUGGACAUAAAGACAACACACCUGGACAUAAAGACAACAAACCUGUAAAUAAAGAAAACACACCUGGACAUAAAGACAACACACCUGUAGAUAAAGACAACACACUUGGACAUAAAGACAACACACCUGUAAAUAAAGACAACACACCUGGACAUAAAGACAACACUAAUGGACAUAAAGACAACACACCUGUAGAUAAAGACAACACACCUGGACAUAAAGACAACACACCUGUAAAUAAAGACAACACACCUGGACAUAAAGACAACACACCUGUAAAUAAAGAAAACACACCUGGACAUAAAGAUAACAUACCUGUAGAUAAAGACAACACACCUGGACAUAAAGACAACACACCUGUAAAUAAAGACAACACACCUGGACAUAAAGACAGCACACCUGUAAAUAAAGACAACACACCUGGACAUAAAGACAACACAAAUGGACAUAAAGACAACACACCUGUAAAUAAAGACAACACAUCUGGACAUAAAGACAACACCUGUAAAUAAAAACAACACACCUGGACAUAAAGACAACAAACCUGUAAAUAAAGAAAACACACCUGGACAUAAAGACAACACACCUGUAGAUAAAGACAACACACCUGGACAUAAAGACAACACACCUGUAAAUAAAGACAACACACCUGGACAUAAAGACAACACACAUGUAGAUAAAGACAACACACCUGGACAUAAAGACAACACACCUGGACAUAAAGACAACACACCUAUAAAUGAAGACAACACACCUGGACAUAAAGACAACACACCUGUAAAUAAAGAAAACACACCUGGACAUAAAGAUAACAUACCUGUAGAUAAAGACAACACACCUGGACAUAAAGACAACACACCUGUAAAUAAAGACAACACACCUGGACAUAAAGACAGCACACCUGUAAAUAAAGACAACACACCUGGACAUAAAGACAACACAAAUGGACAUAAAGACAACACACCUGUAAAUAAAGACAACACAUCUGGACAUAAAGACAACACCUGUAAAUAAAAACAACACACCUGGACAUAAAGACAACACACCUGUAAAUAAAGACAGCACACCUGGACAUAAAGACAACACAUCUAUAAAUAAAGACAACACUAAUGGACAUAAAGACAACACACCUGUAAAUAAAGACAACACACCUGGACAUAAAGACAACACCUGUAAAUAAAGACAACACACCUGGACAUAAAGACAACACACCUGUAAAUAAAGACAGCACACCUGGACAUAAAGACAACACAUCUAUAAAUAAAGACAACACUAAUGGACAUAAAGACAACACACCUGUAAAUAAAGAAAACACACCUGGACAUAAAGACAACACACCUGGACAUAAAGACAACACACUUAGAAAUAAAGAAAACACACUUGGACAUAAAGACAGGAAUGCACCUGGACAUAAAGACAGGAACGCACCUGGAUAUAAAGACAGGAACACACCUGGACAUAAAGACAGGAACAUAACAUCAGCUUUAUGUGUUGAAUAUUGAUAAUUUCUUAUUAUAAAUCUGAUGUUAUUAAACAUAAAUGAUAAAUCGGAUCAUUGAUCUCUGAAUCUGAGUUCUUCUGUUCUGGUGAAAUUCUGAUUCUGGUUGUUUUUGUGAAGCAGGACUGACGUCGGCUGGUGUUUCAGUUGAUGGAAGCGUUUUAAAGGGAAUCUGGUCCUGGAUCAGUCACAUUAAAUCUGUAUUUUAU